GGGGAUUGGACGCCGCCGGCGGGUCCCACGUGGGGAUGAGCGGGGUCCCGACCCCGGGACGAGGGGUUCGUCCUCGGGGAAGGCGAUGAUGCCGGGGGCUGCCCCGUUCUGCUGCCCCCGCACCUCCCUCCCCCGGGACCCCCCGGGCGAGGGGUCGGACGGUGACUCCGAGACCCCCACCUCGAGCGUGAUCCCCAGCGAGGAGGAGGAGGAGGAGGAGGAAGGCCACCAGUGGAGGGUGGGCGACGCCUGCGUCACCACCUGGGCAGGGGACGGGCGGUUGUACCCUGCCCACCUGCGGGCGCUGGACCCCGCCGCCGGCACGUGCUUGGUGGAAUUUGACGGCUACGGCAACACCGAGGAGCAGGCGCUGGCCGAUCUCUUGUCCCCCCGCCCCGGGGCCUGGGGGUCCCCUGACACCCCGGGGGGUGAGGGUCCCCCCUCAUCGUGGGAGCCACCCCCAAGCAUGAGGAGGAGGAAGGGCAAGCGGGUGCCCUGCUCCCCCCAGCCCCCUGAGGUGAGUGCCCACCAUCCCCCCAGCCUUGGGGCACCCCGUGCCCCCCCUGUAUCUCCCUAA